AUGACCGAAAUCAAUCAGAUCAUUCCCAGGGUUGGUAAGAGUGUUAUACAAGAACCUAAUAUCUUGGAGAAACUUCAGCAAAUGUUUCAUGACCAAAAGAUCAUUCAUGUGAUUGCCUGUCGAGGAACCGACCGCACCCUAGGUCCACCAAAGGGGAUGCAUCCAGAGGAAGCACCUCUCCGGAAAAGUUUGAUCCUUGAAAGGGGAACAGGAACAAUCAAGUAUGAAAAGGACUGGGAAAAAUGGGUUCACCUUGCCAACCGCCAGUUGAUUCGACCAGCACAUGCCUGUCGAAUCAAUGUCACGAUGUUCGCAAAGCCCUGGCCUGUUGAAAAUGACUCGAGCCAAAGUUCCCAAGGUGUGAAUCCUAUGCCUCCAAUGCCUGAGCCAGCAAGUGAGCAGCCAGCACCGAGUCAGACGGAAUCAGGUCAUGUAGAUCCCGUGACAGCAACGCCGCUCACCAGUGAUAAUUCCGAGAGAGAGCUAGAAGAGCCUAUCAUGCAGCCGACAACUGUGAUGCCCUGUGACGAGCGAUGCUUCGCCGGCCAUGCCCACAGAGAGGGGUCUUCCAAAAGGGAAACAGCCUCUGGAAGAGAAGAACCUGAUGAAGUUCCAGAUAGAAUGGUCUCUCAUGAAUCCAUAUCACAACCCGAGUCAGAGCAGGAGAACAGCAAUGAACUCCCAGAAUCCGAUGCAACAUCAGACACCAUGUACCUGAUCAGUGAAGACCCUGCCGAUAGCCUGGUAGUCUCAGCCGACUGUCCAUUAGCGUGGCGUUGCGAAGUCGAUGUCAAGCUAGAUAGACCACUAGAACAACGGCAACCGACCAAUGAAGAAGCAUGGACGUUUCUGGCGACCAGUGCCAAGAAACAAAGGGGAGUGAUCGGUAGCCUCCAGUAUGCCGCAGUCAACACCCGUCCGGACAUUGCCAGUAAACUUUCCUUUUUGCAAUCUUCCAUUAACAGUGCCAAACGUGUGGUGACUAGCACCCUGUCCGCCGAAACCACCGCGAUGGCAGCAGCUCUUGACCAAUUAGCAUGGCUUAGAUUGUUCUGGGCAUGGCUGAUGGACCCCAAUGUGCAGUGGCGACAACCCGAAGAAGCGUUGUCCAAGCUUGAACCAGCCAUCUCAGCACCAACAAGUCAGGAACAAUGUGAUCUAGCCAUUACUGAUUGCAAGUCAUUGUUUGAUUUAAUCAACCGAACAGCACCUCCUUCUUGUUCAGAAUUCCGGGUGUCCUUAGUAGCUCGAGCAAUCAAGGAGGCCAUCAAAGAAGGUAUUCAAGGGCGAGGCCGCCCGACCUGGCAUUUGCAGCUGCAUCCGUUUCGAAGUGUGUUCUGCUUCGCCGGCAGGGUGUUCGGCUACGCCGGCACCUGGACUUCUCAGUUUUGGCGACAAAAGAAGCACAUGAUGGACCACCUGCAGGCGGCCACGACAGCGACGCACUUUGUGGAUCUGGGAGGCGGCUCAGGAUGGCUCUCCAUGCUGGUGAAAGCAGUCAUUCCUGUGGUGCAAGUUGUCUACACGGACAUCUCGCAGGCCGCGCUGGAGGAAGCGGCCGCGAGCUUUCGCGCCAACGGGCUGAUGGUCGAAACUCUGCAGGGCGAUUUCUUCGAUCCCUUGCAAGGUCGCCGGAUCGAUUUCAUCUUCAGCUACCCUCCACAAGUGCCGCCCAGCAGCGGUCACGACGGCGCCAGCCGUGGCAGCCCGGAAGUGGCGCUGGCAACGCCCCAGGGUCGGUCUGAAGCGCACUUCCUGCGGCGAUUUUGCCGCGAAUUGGUGCUGGACCCCCAGGGUGUGGCCUGGUUGGGCGUCACUUGGGAAUUGCUGCAGCAGACCUUGGAAGACUGUUGCGUCCGAGGCUGGAAUGUGACCAUCCCCGAAGCUUUUUGGUUGGACCUUGCGAUCCCCGGCACCCUACUGGAGCUUCGCGUUGCCUCCCCCAAUGUUGGCAUUGCCCCCUGCGCCACCCGGGCGGCAGCGCAGUGCGCCGCCUGCCCCGAGUGGCUGAGCCGCGAACAGCGGCUGAAGGCGGCGGAAGGGGGACAUGCCACGGCGCAGACGAAGAUGGGGAUAGAACUGAUGCGCGAGGCCGCCGAGGCCCAGGGUCAGAAACGUUCGACGUUGCAACGCCAAGCCAUCCAGUGGUACAAGCGUGCGGCGAAACAAGGGGAACCCAUUGCGGCCACUCGCCUGGGUUUCCUAUAUUUGACGGCUGAUGGCCUCCGAAAGGAUCGCAGCAAAGGUUUGAAGCUUCUUUGGCAGGCUGCACUGCAGGGUGAAGCCAGCGCCAUGUUCGGUCUCGCCGAGACCUUUGCAUUGGAUGCUGCUGUUGACGACGCCUUGAAGUGGUACCGAAGGGCAGCAGCAGGGGGUUGGCGUGAAGCAAAGCGACAGCUGGGUUUGUUCCUCCUCAGCCGCGGCAUGGCCAGUGAGGAGGCAGAAGAGAUGCUGCGAGAAGCUGCUGUGGAAGGAGACCCCAGAGCCCUACAGUUGUUGAAAGACUACUUUCCCAAGAGUGCAGAGCUUUGAGAAUUUUGAGAAACACCAGGUACAGCUUCCGCCACCAUCUCCACAAGAUCUCCGACCAGGACCAGUUCUUUGGCUUCGCGGUUCGCAGUGGAUCGCUCGUGUUGAGCCUUGAUGCCUUGGUGCAGCUCCAAGCACUCCAGAGAUGCGAUGAAAAUGGGGCCAGCGCUGCG